AUGUCUUCCCCAGCUUCCGAGUACGAUCCAGACCAAGACUACAGCUACGUCGAGGAGGACGUGAAGAUCGAGGAGCAGGAGGUCCCGAAGACGCGUAAGAGUUCCAAGGGUCGCAAGUUGUUGCGCUGGAGUCCCGAGAAGGAUCAGCUCGUCUUGCUCUGCAUCGAGUACAUUGUGGGAAAGGAGGGCGUAGAUCUCGACUGGGAUGCUGUUGCGAAGGAAGUUGAGGGUUUUGCAACCGGCGAAGCAAUCAAGCAGCACCUCUCCAAGCUCCGCGCCGCUCGUGUCACUGCAGGCCAGAAGGUUCCACCCAAGCUCGACCGCAAGACAAUUGUCACUGCUCGCAAGAAGAUCAAUCCUCUCCUCGACGCUGGCAAGACUCCGAAGACCCCAAAGACCCCAAAGCGCCGAGUGAAGAAGAACGACGACGACGAGUGGGACGGCGAGGAAGAAGCGCCCAAGCCAGCCCCGAAGACUUCAGGAUUGCUUCACUUCCCGCCGGCCAAGUCUACUCCGCGCAAGCGCAAGAUCAAGCAGGAGCCAGACGAAAUGGGUUGCAUGUCCUCGAAGCCCGAGCGUGAGGAGGAGACGCCUAACCCAACGCCCUCCAAGAAGCAGAAGAAGAAGAAGGCGGUGUCGAAGCCCGCCUUGCCCCCCAACUUCCCGCCAGAGGAGCCACCUCUCCCCGCCGACGACGGGAGAGGCUGGUCACCCGGGGUCUGGCAUCCCCAGGGCUACCAAGACGUCCACGCCGCCGGAGGAAGAGACGAGGGCAUAGUCCCUCUGCAGCGGGCUCGGGGAGGGACGUUCUACGACGCGCCGCUACCCGGCCUCACUUUCGGCGGUUUCAGCGGUGAUGGGGCCCCACCAGACCCCUUCCCGGGUGCGGAGGAUGCCGUUCUCCCUUCGGCGGUGGGUGGGGACUUCGAUUGGGAUAGGCUCCUUGACGGGAGCGGCUUCGAUGGGCUUUUCGGGACGGACUAG